CCCUUCCCCCCUGUCGGCGAACCGGUGAGGACUCCGCGUCCCUUUCGCGCCCCGAGCUUGACGCGCCGCUCGCUCGCCUCCGCGCUUACUGGGCCCUGGAGUUUCUAUCUUCCACUAGGGAUCCCAGGCGUGAUAUCUUUCCCAGGGAGGCGCCAGGGGCGAAGGCCAUGGGGGCGGAGCUGUGGCGCGACGACAUGGCGGUGGAGGCGGAGAAGCCCAUCCGCGACUCCGUGGCGUUCCGGCUCGUCGAGCACGUGCUCCAGUCCUUGCGGAUGCUCGCAUCUUCUUCCAUGGGACUGCUCGGGCAAAGGCAGGGCAUAUAGUGAUCAUAAAGGCAUCCUUCCUAUGGGGAGAAGACCUGGGGUUCUGGGGCCUUAUGGAGUUCUGGACCCCUUGAUAUACCGUGCUCACUUCUGUUGCGUUUAUUGAAGUCAAUUUGGGGAGCCAGGAUCCGCUUCUGGUUGACCCAUAUGACAUGGAUCAAUAUAAUAAGAUGGUAAGCACUCUAGACACUAGCAAGAAAAAGACUCCUGAUGAAGAGGCUUUGUAUGUGACGACUUUGAAGGCAUUGUCAGAAGCAGUAUCCAAAAUAGACAUCACGUACCAUCAUUUGCUUUUGAACAAUAUAUUUACCGUCCGCAUCUGGUACUUGCAAAGAGAUACAUUGGAUGCUUUCUUAGACCUAAUAACCAGAUUGGCUGCAGUGGCAGAUCAGUAUCUCAGAGAAUGUUUGCAGAUGCUUGUGAACAACUUUACUCCGCCUCUUGUUCAACGCAAUGAGCUGCCUAGAUGGGCGGUUUCAAGGAAGAAGGAUAUUUUUUUUCAUCUGUGCGAGAGCUUGAAAACGAUCUCCACUACUGUACCCUUAGCACCAAGGGUAUUAAGGGAUAUAAUAGAUCGGAGCAUGCCGAAGUUAUUUGAUAACAAAGCUAAGAUGGUCUCGUUUGUCGAAUGCAUGUUGGGGCUAGAUACUGACAGAAUGGGGGACCUUAUUGGGGCUACAUUGCUGGCAAAAGUUGUGGAUCUACUCACGGAGUUGGAUGUUAAUAUAACCUGGGAAGAUAUUAUUCAAGGGGAGCAUAACAAAGGUAUAUUUGAAAUGGAGCUUGAAGAUUUGGAUGAGGAUGAGGAUGGCCUUGGACAAGCGGGAACAAAGGUUCAUGUCCUUUUUGGAGGAAAUGCAUGUGCCGAAAAGCUUGACAGUUUAAUGGUUGUUGUAUGCGAGCACCUUAAGUCAUGUGCGGAGCGUGGGUAUCUAGAUAAGGAAUUUGACAUUCUGAAGACUAUAUUUCGAGCAUCUGUGCUGAGGGUGCACAGAUCAAAAUUUUGCCAGUUUAUCAUGUUCUAUGCCUGCUCACUGGAUCCUAAAAUCUGCGGUCUUGAAUUUGCUUUUUUUCUUACCGACAUUUUUUUGAACAAGGAAGAGGAUCCAAUUUCGAGAAUGUCUGCAGUUUCUUAUGUUGGAAGCUAUUUGUCUCGGGCAAGGUUUAUUUCCGCUGAUACGGUUCUUGGUAUACUCAAAAAAUUAUUGGACUGGUGCGAUGAAUAUUGUGUCCUUCAGAACAGAGGGACCACAGCCCAUCCGAAUCAUCAAAUAUUUUACGCGACCUGCCAGGCUGUGAUGUAUGUCCUUUGCUUUCGCUUGAGAUCUAUUAUGGAUUAUCCGAAUCUUAAAGCACAGCUUUUUCAAUUGUCUUUUGGAUUUAUCUUGAACCACCGACUGGAAGCUCUAAAGGUGUGCUUGCCGUCAAUAGUAAAUGAGUUCCUGAGACAGGCCAAGGAUGCCGGAUUGUUCGCUGCAUCCAUGUAUUCAGCAGCUGAAGAUGCAAUCGAAUCUGAUUUGUCCAGGGCUUUUGGAGGAAUCAAUAGACUUGACACCUUCUUCCCAUUUGAUCCUUACCUGCUAAAAGAAUCAGACAGAUAUAUCCGUCCGAAUUUUGAGUUCUGGUCCAUGGUCAAGACGACAUACAGCGACGACAAGGACGAUGACGAUGAUGAGCUGGAGGACCUUGAUGCCCCUGAAAUGAAGGUGGGCAGCUUGGACGAUCAUGUCGAAAUAGAUAUCAACAGCGACGACGACGAGCUGGAGUACUCGAUGAACAAGAUGUCUAUAACUCCGCACCGCUCUUUCUACCACGGGGUGGCCGCGGACGGCGAUGCUGGCCUCAGCAUGCCCGCGAGGAUCAGACCUUCGGCGAGCCCCCCGUCACGAUGGGCCAUGUCAGGAUCCCCGUAGGUUGAAGAGACAGCUGAGCCGACUGUACAACAAGGGUCCUUUGGUAGUUUGUGGAGUAAGGUCAAACGGCCCAUUCACUGGCAGUGUGUUAAAGCCCAACCAGGUACGAUUUUUUUGGGUUGAAAGCGUUAAGUGCAGAUGUUGUUAGAAAACGCCAGUUGUUGAGUGGCUGUGAGAUUAUAUAUGCUAGGAUGUAUGUACAUCUCCGAGAUGUAUGCGUAAGACGACCUGAUGUGGAAUGGUCCAUACUAACUGCAAGUGGCAAUGAUAAGCUGCCUGCCUGCCUGGUUAGCGCCACUGCUUUGCGGUCGUGUUGACUGUUGAGCAGUCUCCCCUCUCCCCUUGCAUAUCCAUAUUUUUUUCCUUCGAGUCAGUGGUGGACACCCCAAAAGAAUGUUGUUUGUGUA